ACUGCAUCCUAUUAGGACAGAAUUUUCAGGAUCCAGAAAUACUUUGAAGGCUUUAGUAUUUCCUUCUGAUAAGUCAAUUUGAAGGAAUCAGAAAAAGGGACAUUUCUAAUCUAUAAACACAGAUACUCCUGAGAUGCUGGUUGUGUGGAAAGCUUUGGUCCUUGUCACCUGGGCAGGAUGAGUCACUGGGGAGUUUGCAGGACUGUGAGCCUGGUAGGCAGAUAGAUGUGAGGGCUGAUGUGUGUCCACAUGAAGACCAACAACUCAGUUGUUCAUGUAGCUUUCAGUUUUCUGGAAAUAAAACUCAGCUCCAUUUAUGUUCUCUUUUAUCCAUGAUUGCAAAACUUGUUUACAGAUGUUGGAGGUCUUUACUUGGCGGAUUUCCUUUGAAGAGGAAGGUAUGUUCGCUCAGCAGCCAUAUAAAUGUUAUCUGAAAUUAUUCAGAAGUGCCACAAUGUGCAAGUGUUAGUUAGAAACUCACCAAUCAGCAGUGACCUAUUACUUCCUUCCUGUAAUGGCCCACCCCCUACAGCCACACUGGCCAGUUCUCGUUAAACACAGCCAUCCUCUACUUCUCCCUGCCCAAAGGUGGUUUUAUCUAGUUUUUUUCUUACUCUUAGAGCACAGAACCCCCUGCAGAUAGGACCUUUAUCACUUUACAUAGAAAGUAUUUGAGUACUUCAACUUUUUUUAAGUUGCAAACUUGGAAGGAAAGAACUCUGGCUUGUUCAUGCUUAUAUUCUCCAGAUGCUUAGCGAUUACCUGUGUGUAUUGGCAGCCGACAUUUAUCCCAAUGAGUAAUGGUUUAUUUUUGUAUGUUGCAGAUAACCAGAAGACCUUACCCUCUUCAGUAAAAGGAGCGUGACAAAUUUGCCCCAGAAAGUGAACAAGGGAAGACUGUUGAUGGAUUUUAAAAACAUUUGAGAAUACUGGGAAAGUAACUUGUUCUCCUCCGCUGUAUAUUUAGGGUAAGACUGUUUCUGAUGCAGCUGAGAAAGAUGCAGGCCGUCAAAAAGGAGCAGGCAUCCCUUGACACUCCCAGCAACACAGACAAGAUGAUGGUACUGACUGCAGCCUUGCCCGAGGUGCCGGAGGACCUGUCCACAGCGGAAGAGCUGCUUCUGGGUGAGGGAAGCGUGGGCAAAAACAAAUCUUCUGCCUGCCGGAGAAAACGGGAAUUCAUUCCCGAUGAGAAGAAGGAUGCUAUGUAUUGGGAGAAGCGGCGGAAAAACAACGAAGCUGCCAAACGUUCUCGUGAGAAGCGCAGGCUGAAUGACCUGGUUUUAGAGAACAAACUAAUUGCGCUGGGAGAAGAAAAUGCCACUUUAAAAGCUGAACUGCUUUCCCUAAAAUUAAAGUUUGGUUUAAUUAGCUCCACAGCAUAUGCUCAGGAGAUCCAGAAACUCAGUAAUUCCACAGCUGUGUACUUUCAAGACUACCAGACCGCUAAGCCCACGUCUGGGAAUGCUUUUGGGGACGAGCACGAGCCGGGCCUGGUGGCAGGCAGCUGCAUCUCUGUCAUCAAGCACUCUCCACAGAGCUCCGUGUCGGACAUGUCUGAGGCAUCCUCUGGGGAGCACACGCAGGAAAGUCCUGUUCAGGGCAGCUGCAGAAGUCCUGAGAGCAAGUUCCAGGUCAUCAAACAGGAGCCAGUGGAGCUGGAGACCUUCCCGAGGGAACCGAGAGAUGACCGGGGUUCCUAUACAGCCUCCAUCUACCAGAGAUACAUGGGGAGCUCUUUUGCCAGCUACUCACACUCUCCUCCUCUCCUGCAAGUCAACAGAUCCUCCAGUAACUCUCCAAGAACCUCUGAGACCGACGAUGCUGUGGUGGGAAAGUCCUCCGAUGGGGAAGACGAGCAGCAGGUCCCCAAGGGCCCCAUCCACUCCCCAGUGGAGCUCAAACAUGUGCACACCACAGUGGUGAAAGUCCCCGAGGUGAACUCCUCUGCCUUGCCACAUAAGCUUCGGAUCAAAGCCAAAGCCAUGCAGAUCAAAGUAGAAGCCUUUGAUAACGAGUUUGAGGCCACUCAAAAACUUUCCUCACCCAUUGACAUGACAUCUAAAAGACAUUUUGAACUUGGCAAGCAUAACACCCCAAGUAUGGUACAUUCUUCCCUCCCUCCUUUCUCAGUGCAGGUGACGAGCAUUCAAGAUUGGUCUCUCAAAUCAGAACACUGGCACCCAAAAGACCUGAGCGGCAAGACUCAGAAUGGUUUCAAAACUGGAGUGGUGGAGAUUAAAGACAAUGGAUACAAAGUUUCUGACUCAGAGAACUUGUACUUAAAGCAGGGGAUAGCAAACUUAUCCGCAGAGGUUGUCUCACUUAAGAGACUUAUAGCCACACAACCAAUCUCUGCUUCUGACUCUGGGUAGAUGACUACUGAGCAGGAGCGGGGCACUGAAAAAGAUGUCAUUUGCAAUAGACCAGUAUGUUUUGUAUUACUCUGAGUUUCCACUGGACCUGUGAUGUCAUUUCACUGUAAUGUGCACAUGUUGUCUGUUUGGUGUCUGUGUGCACAGAUGAUGCGAUUAGCUUAUGUCCUCACUUUGCCUUGUGUAUAGUCAGAUAGUCCAUACAAAGGCUGUACAUACCGAACAUUAUUUUUGUUGUUCUGUUAUAAAGUAUGUAAGUUACCAGUUUCAAUAAAGGAUUGGUGACAGACACAGAACUUCUACUCCAUUGCACUUGAUUUGAUGGGGAAAGAACAGGCAGUUUUAAGUUACAAAAAUAGCUAUUGA